CAUCAGUCAACCAACUGUUCUAUUUGUGCAACAAGUCUCACCAACCAAGAGAACGAAAAUGAAGGUCAUCAAUGCCAUCCUAGCUCUGGUUCUGGCCAUCUGCGCCAAUGCUGCCCCUUCGUCGUAUGUCCAAGAUGUUGUGACCUACUCCAACCCGUGGCCACUGAAGACUAGCACGGUUUGGCCCGCAUAUGGUGGAUUGUACGGUGGUAAGGUCGCUGUAGUUCCAGAUGUUGCCUACGGAAAUUACGCCUACCCGAACGUGUAUGGAAGCUGGCCUGUGAAUGGCAAGAACUGGGGAUACUCUUCGCCGGUUGUCGCCGUUGGUGCUAAGGUAGUGGACAAUGGACUGUGGAAUUAUGGUGGCUAUGGAUAUGGCAAGAACUGGGGAUACUCCUCGCCAGUUGUAACUGUUGGUGCUAAGGUUGUGGACAAUGGUCUGUGGAACAAUGGCAACUACGGCUACGGAUAUGGACUGGGACAUAACAAGUAUUGGUAUUAGAUAUCAUAUAUUUAAUCCACUUUACUAAUAAAGGAACAAAUUCACACCAUUA